ACAUAAAGAGUAUUAUCUUUGUUCAAUGGUUGUAGCAUGUUGUUUUUCUUUUAUAAAUGAUCAAUGAAUAUAUAUUGAUGAUAUCACACUCUUUUCUUAAAUUACUUUUGUAAAAAUGACACAUCACAACGUAUAUCAGAAAUUGGGGUAUCGUAUUUCAGAGGAGGUUCAACUGCUUGCCGAAAAAAAAUGGAUUAUAGAUGCUCUGGCAAAAAUAAAAAACCAACGUAAUUCACUACAGAUUGAAAGGUUGCACCUAGAGAGUUUGAAAGCAAAAUUAAACAUUAAUACAAAUAAAAAAGACAACAACAAAAGCAAAGACGGAGAAGUGGAGUCGAGUUCUUCAUCAGCUUUAAAUUUAAUGCAAAAUUAUAAUUCUGGCAAAAAACCCAUCUUAGAUGAUAACUUGCUGCAGGAGGAUCUGAAUGACGAGGCAAUGUGCAAUGAUGAAGAGCUAAAUUUAGGAAUUUCAAACAUGGAUUAUGGUAAAAUUGAUAAUACGGAAGAGGAUGAGGGGAGUGAUGAAGACAUGUUGAUUGAUAUGAACAUGCUCAUGAACGGCACAUUCAGGUGAAUAUUAAAAUGGGAUUCGAGGAUUUACAGAAGUUGAAGUCGUCGCAGGUGUUUAGAAGUGUUACACACAGAGUUGAGUGCGUUUAUAUUAAAAGCAUAAUUUGUUUAAAUUUUCAGCAUUUUAUUUGAUGGGACUUUUUUGUAAAACUUUCAACAAGCAGACCAGUAAUUAAUAUUGUGGGUGAUUUCAGUGUAAGGGCUUCUGUUUAUGAGUAAUUUUAAUAAAUUGAAUUUUGUUUUCUUAUAGAAAACAGUCACAGCGAUUGGGAAACUUCUAUAAAUAAACAGAAUUUUGUAAUAACAAAGAAUUUAAUAAAUUUUGUCUUACAUUUACACAGUAAUUAUCAAUGUUUAAGUAUGUAUGUACAUUUAUUCAUAGAACAAUAUUUAUAAACAAAAAUAUUUCUCAUCUUUUUCCAUUGAAAUGAAUAACCUAGCGACGGCACCAGAGUCACCUGGAUCAGUUUAGGCACAGAUAUUCGUUAAACAUUAAUAUGAAGUUAAAAUUAUGCUUUGUUUGAGAUACUUGUUGAAUUUGAAAUACAAGUGAUCUAACUUUACCACUCUA